UCCGCCACCGCAGCAGCCUCGCUGACUCUCUGUCUGUCUCUCUCUGUCUCUCUCCAGCUGUUUGUUAUAUUUUAACGGGAUUUUUUCAGAAGCAGGCGAAGCUGCACCGCGAAACGUCAAACUGGAAGAAGUCAUGGCUCGUCUGGUCGCAGUCUGCAGGGAAGGGGAGGAGGACUACCCGUUUCUGUCCAGACAGAUCCCCCUCUAUAUUGAUGAUACUCUCACGAUGGUGAUGGAAUUUUCGGACAGCGUCAUGGAUGUUGACAGCCAAGAAAUAAACACGUCUCACUGGAAACAAUUUUCCGAGUAUCACUCCAAGCUGAAGCAGCAGGACCUGAAUAUCGCCCUGAUGGUGACGUCCAGAGAGGUGUACAGCGCGUUGUCUCAGCUGGUCCCGUGCGUGGGCUGCAGGCGAAGCGUGGAGCGCCUCUUCUCACAUUUGGUGGAGUCGGGGAAUCCGGCGCUGGAGCCGCUCACAGUGAAACCCACGGGCAUGCUCUCCGUCACCAAAGCCUGUUUGACAGACGUAAAGAAGCUCUACACCCUCUUCUACGUCCACGGGUCAAAGUUGAAUGAUAUGAUCGAUGCCAUUCCCAAAAGCAAAAAGAACAAACGCUGCCAGUUACACUCUUUAGACACACACAAGCCUAAACCUUUGGGGGGAAGCUGGAUGGACGUGUGGGAGCUGAUGUCUCAGGAGUGCAGGGACGAGGUGGUCCUUAUUGACAGUGCUUGUCUCUUGGAGACGCUGGAGACAUACUUGCGUAAACACAGGUUUUGCACCGACUGUAAGAAUAAAGUGCUGAGGGCGUACAACAUCCUGGUGGGGGAGCUGGACUGCAGUAAAGAGAAGGGCUACUGCGCCGCCUUGUAUGAGGGACUAUGCUGUUGCCCCCACGAACGCCACAUCCACGUGUGCUGCGAGACCGACUUCAUCGCUCACCUCCUCGGCCGGGCGGAGCCUGAGUUUGCAGGAGGCUACGAGUAAGUAAAGUUGUAAAGC